GCAGUGAAUCCUCUCGGCUCGGUAGUGAUGACACACAUCAGCAGCAUCAUCAGCUUCUUCCAGAAGUUUCCUCGCACUGUUUUUCAGAUCGGCGACAACACACGGGCGCUCCUGCAUGACCACGUUGUUUUAGUUUGUGCGGUUUAAGUUAAGUGACAUUCUUUCUCCUCGUCUCAGUUGUCUACGGACUGUGACAAGCGAGGGAAGCUAACCUUGACCGUUAGCUAGCCAGCUACUGUCCGCACCAGUGACAGCUGCGGCGGCGGUUGUGGUGAAGCCAGCUAACCCGGCCCACACACGGGACAUCCUGAUGCUCUCAACAGAAACUGAAGCAUCUGUGCUGAAAAUGUCUUUAUGAAGUCGAAGAAGAAGUGACCGGUUAUUGACAUGGGUAAAGAUUACUACAAAGUGCUAGGAAUAGCCAAAGGUGCCUCUGAAGAUGAGAUUAAAAAGGCGUACAGAAAACAGGCCCUGCGCUAUCAUCCCGAUAAAAACAAGUCUCCCGGAUCAGAAGAUAAAUUCAAGGAGAUUGCUGAAGCCUACGAUGUCCUCAGUGAUGCCAAGAAAAAGGACAUUUAUGAUCGCUUUGGAGAAGAAGGAUUAAAGGGUUCUGCUGGCGGUGGAGGUGGAGGACACAGCGGUCAGAGCUACAACUACACCUUCCACGGAGACCCUCAUGCAAUGUUUACUGAGUUCUUCGGUGGCCGCAGCCCUUUCGAUCAUUUCUUCGCACAAAAUGGGGAGGACGACAUGGACAUCAACAAUCCCUUUGCACCGUUUGGCAUGGGAAGAAUGCGUGGCAUGGACGGGUUUCAAAGAUCCUUUAAAUCCCACCCAGGAGGCCUUCGCAGACCGCACGAGAAGAAGAAGGACCCGUCUGUGAUGCACGAGCUGAAGGUGAGCCUGGAGGAGGUCUUCUCGGGCUGCACCAAAAAAAUGAAGAUUUCCCGCAAGAGACUCAACCCAGACGGCUGCACAGUGCGCAAUGAAGACAAGAUUUUAACUGUCGACAUCAAGCGCGGCUGGAAGGAGGGGACGAAAAUCACCUUUCCCAAGGAGGGAGAUGAAACUCCCAGCAACAUUCCUUCAGACGUGGUGUUUGUAGUCAAAGAUAAACCCCACCCGGUGUUCAGAAGAGAGGGCUCGGAUAUAAUCUAUCCUGCAAAAAUAUCACUCCGAGAAGCAUUGUGCGGAUGCACAGUCAACGCCCCGACACUAGACGGCCGGACAAUCACUGUGACCUCCAGAGACGUUGUCAAACCUGGAAUGAAAAAGCGAAUUGCUGGAGAAGGGCUCCCUCUAUCCAAGUGCCCCGAGAAGAGGGGCGACAUGAUCCUGGACUUCACAGUGACAUUUCCCGACAAACUGGGCCAAAGCACACGAGAUGCACUCAAGCAGAUCCUUCCACCAUGACAUGAAAUGAUAGAAGUUUGCCCCAAAAAUCCAGCAACACAGUCCCCUGUGCAGUUUAGCUUGGACGAUUGAGGCUCAGGGCAGAUUUGGUUUUCAGCUGUUUAAUUAUACCAUCUGAAUACCAAAUCCAUUUUCUUACCCAGCAUCCAGUCAGUUUAUAGUGUCUUAAGACUCGGAAAUUGACAGAGCAGCUUACUUUACGUUUCGUGUGUGUGUGUGUUUAGCGGAGUAACCGUGUUAAGUAAUGGCCUGCUACAAUGUCAGAUUCAGGCAUGAAAAGUAUAUAGUGUGUAUAUAGAUAAUGAUACGAGUUGUCAUGUUAUAGGUUAUGGUUUGGCUGCAAGGAGCAGAGUGUAUUUUUAAGUUCACUUGGGAAUGUAAUAAACUAACUGAGGAUUUGUUUUCACAGCAGCAGAUUUUGGGAGUGCUUUAAGGGAGCACGCAGCCAGCAAAUUAACAAUACCUCAAGUAGUUUGAACUACAUUACUCAACAGGACAUUAUUUUUAGUUGCUUUUAGAUAACGUUAAGGCAGUGUGGAUCCUAAGAGGUAAUCUGAUCCUUGGUAUUGGCAACAAUACUGACUUUAUGAAGAGGAACAGUAUCAGCCAGAUGUAACCGAUCAACGUUAAAUAUACUUUUCUUGUCAACUCAGCGUUUCAGUCAUUUACACUCAGUCACAGCUGGCCGCCAGUUUUCAGAGCCACAAUCGAACAAUUAAAGAAUAUCAUUUCAAUAUGCACAAGCCUAAAAGUAAUGACAUUGUAUUAAUAGAUGUCUCCAGUUAUAAUUAAGAA